GUCUGGAAGUGUGUGGACUGUGCGGGCUUUGCCAGCGUUGAGCUUUCUGGAUUCCUGAAUAGAAAGGUCAAGUUGGCCAUUAUGUUAUUGGAAAAUAGCUGAAGUGACUUACAGGAACGAACAUAGACAUUUAGUACUUUAGGAGUGUAGUUUUAAGCAAAAAAACUUGUUUCAUUGUUGAAUUGAGUUCAUGAUGCGAAUGGUGAGAAGAGAUACUACAGAGCCGACGCCGAUAUGUCGGUGUCGAGUUCUGUACUUGGGUUCAGCAGUGCCGCAGGUGACCAAGGAUGGCUUGCAAGGUAUUCAGGAGCCUCUCCGGGAGCUUUAUCCUGCUGAAGGAGCGGUCUCUGCCCGUGGCAUCGACUCGUGGUUGUCGGUUUGGUCAAACGGACUUCUGCUCGAGAAUGUCGACGAGAACCAGAAAAAAGUAACCAGAUUUUUUCCAAUCGAAUCCUUGCACUACUGCGCAGCAGUGCGAUACGUCUUGGUUGCAGGCGGAGAAGAAGGAGUGCCUCGGUUCCUGCCUCUCGAUUCACCGUUUGCCCGCAACCCCAACAUCAGCCACCCUCCCCUCUUUGCAUGCAUAAUGAGGAGGACAACUGGCAUUAAAGUACUUGAGUGUCACGCGUUUAUAUGUAAACGCGAGACUCCAGCUAACGCUCUGGUGCGUUGCUGCUUCCAUUCUUACGCUGACAGCAUGUACGUCAGGUCCCUGGAGGUUGGUAGCAAGGGCGAAGGUGGUCCUAACUACGAAGUGGCGCGUGCUACUGAAGAGAGAGCCAUUGAGAUAGAUUACACUGGUGACCUAAGCAGCGCUAACUCGGAAAUUAUCCCAGCCACACCCGGGGACUCGCCUCCUCAGGGUAAAAUGUCCCCAAAUACUGAAGAUGAAACCUCAAUUUUUAGUGGAGACGAAAAUCAUAAAAUUUGGGCAGCUUCACAGCAAGAAGAAGUUUAUGGUGGCACUGAGUAUGGCACUAUGAGGUCGGGUCAGAGUGCUGGUUCACUCUAUGGCACAGCUGCUGGCUCCCGACCUCGACGACCCCGACAGAUGAUCAUGAGAUCCGUAGCUCCUCCGCCACCCCCGUCAGAAGCUGGCACGGAUGUCGGCAAAGGAAAAAAUAAAAAUAAGUCAAAGAAAGAUGAUGAUGAUAUGAAUAGAAUCACAUCCAAUGGCGGCCCAAGUCAUCAGUCUUUCAACGGGAGUCUCACGCGUCCACAAAACGGUCAUGCCGCCCCUAAGAAAGGCAAGAUUCCCCGGCUUUUUAGCAGCUUAGCUGACCGAAAACCGAAACAUCAUCGCAAUAAUCCUCCGUUUGUUAUGCUUCCUCAGACCCGUGGCAUUAUGGGUCCCAUGCCACCACGGAUGAUGCCACCUCCUCAUGGGCAUCAUGGUCCUCAUAUGAUGCAUCCUGGCCCCCCUCCCCCAAUGAUGAUGCCACCACCUCUUGGACCCCCGCCCCUCAUGGGGCCACUGGGACCACCAUCUCAUAUGGGACCCCCACCGGCAUAUGCCGGGCCUCCAGGUCCACCAUCUAGCAUGGGUCAUCAUGGACCCGGCUCUCAUUUGGGAAUUCCUGGCCCGACACCGUACAUGUUGGGUCCUCAUGGCAUUCCUCCUGCCCAUAUGAUGCCUCCGCAACCAAUUUACGGCUACACCUCGUCCAUGUCACGACGCCCAUCGUCACGGGCUGUGGAGGAACCAAUUUACAUGCCCUCUGCUCGCCCUAUGAGCCCAACUGCUUCGUACCAGCCUGGCCACUUUCCCCACGAACGAUACCUCAUGCAGCAUUACGCCACGACCGGCCGGCCUAACUACCCCCCUGGCAAAAGGGGCAAGAAAAAAGGCAACGAAGUGCCCGAGGAAAUCUACGGUCGACGAGGUCACAUGAACGAAAAAGCCUUCGCCCAGAGCAUCAGGGCUGAACAGAGAGCUCGUUCCUACACAUCACUUGCUGGGCUAGGAACUGACUCCAUGAACAACAAGGAUAGAGAAAUUCUUCAGAUGGUCCAUGACCUUGACCUAAGCGGAGACGAGAUCGAGCGAGCUGAACCCAGACCUGGAGUCUACCGACCGUCCUCUGCCACUGUUGCUUCUAGAAACUCCAGGACUUCGAGGCGGUAGACCGUGCGGAGGCCGGCUUGUCUGAUGGUUCGUGGAUUGCAUCAAGACUUCAGCUUCCGCGAAGUCCGUCAAGUCUUUUAUCUGCAUCAAGACUUCAGCUGCCGCGAAGUCCAUCAAGUCUUUUAUCUGCAUCUAGACUUCAGCUUCCGCGAAGUCCAUCAAGUCUUUUAUCUGCAUCAAGACUUCAGCUUCCGCGAAGUCCGUCAAGUCUUUUAUCUGCAUCAAGGCAUCAAGACUUCAGCUGCCGCGAAGUCCAUCAAGUCUCUUCAUUUCAUCAAGACUAUGGAUAUGACUUGCCAUCUUAGCUCACCAGCCUCAGUCUUUAUAUACGAGUAUAACAAAGUCAUAUAUAAUCAACUAUUCUUAUUGAAAAAUCUUAUCUUGAAGAAAGCUUAAAGUUUAUUUCCUUGAACGCUUGAAAAACUACAUGAUUAUUCAAUUGUUUGUACGUUAUUGAAUUAGUUAAUCGUUUGCAUACGUUUCUUUUUAAGUUAAUACAUGUCAUUCACUGAGACUUUUUAUGUUGACAUCGAAGACUCAAUUCAUAUUUUUAUUUAUAUGUAAGACUCAGUAUUUUUCUUAAUUAUGUGGCGAAUUUAACCUUUAUGAGAUUAUUUAGCUUAACUCAUUUGUUAUCCUCAUGUGAGUUGAACUUUUCGGAUAGGCGCAAUUGUGGCUUCUAUACACUCAGAGAAAUGUGCAAUACUUUGUCUAAAUAGCGAUUCACCUUUUGCCCUAAUGUGGAUCGUCCUUACUAAGUUUCAUGCAGAAAAAAGCCGUAACAGUGUUACACACAAAAAGGUGUCACUAUUUUUGUUAAAAUGAUCCUUACAUUUUUCACCGUAUAUAGGUAGUGUUUUAUAAUUUCCAUAGUGUUUAUAUAAUUGAAAAAAAAUGAUUCAGUAAUGACAAUUCACAUAUUAUUUAUAAUUGUUGCAUAAAGCUUCUCACGAUGAAACAUACAUACAUGCACUGGAUUUUUAAUGAACGAAACCAAAGUCUCUCUCAGUUUAAAAUACAGUUGAAAAUAGUGGUGUUUUAAAGCUAUAAAUUCAUAGUUCACUCGUACAAAUGAGUGAGAUCUGUCCAAAUACUGAUGCACUUUCUUGAUCUUGUGUGAGUGCAGCUGAAAUCAUCCUAAUCAAUUUUAGCUCGGAAAAAGUAGCAGAAAGUGUGUCAAUGUUUGGACAACAUGACACAUUCAUUUAUGUGAGAGUAGUUGCUUCUAUUAAAGCCUUAAUUUUCAUGCAUAGUUCUUCAAAAGUCGCGUCUUGUUUACAGUGUAGGUUUUAGAAGAGAAUACGGUUAUCAGUAAUAACCUUAAUUAUUGAUUAAGAUUAAUAGUUCUUUAAUUGUAAAUAGUUUUUGAUUUAAAGCAGAAUGCGACUCACAUGUGUAGAUUUAACCUGGAAAUUGUUGUUGCAUAUCUGAUAAGAAACAUGGCUAGCUUUUAAAAAAUUUAACUCUACGCGCGGAGAAAAGAGCGAGAGUUGUCCAAGUAUCGAUAUUUUUUUGUCAUUGUGUUGGUCAUUUGGGUACCAGCUACUUGUAGAAAGUGUAGCACUAUUUGGACAAUAUGAUCCGUUUUUUUCUGAGUAUAGGCUGUCUGGCAAUAAGUGGAACUUUAAGGAAGAUUUUUAACAAUGAAAGUUUUGAGUGUCGCAUUGUAUCUUUAUUUCAUGUUUCGCCGUUCAGGUCGGCAUUUUCGACAAUUUUAUAGAAGUUUCCGCCCUUAUUUCCUAAAUAUUUUAUUUUUGCUACAAAUUUAAAUGUAUUUAUCGGAGAAGCAGAAAAUGGCCUCAUGUUUAUUUCUACUUCAUCAAGUUAAGGAAGGUUUCGCGUUGACUUUUUGUGAAUAGGAGACUAUAAGUUGAGUAAAUGUGUCUGGUUAACUCUAAAUUUGUCUGGUUAAGAGAUCGUCAAUUGGCAAUAAUUUGCGGCCAAUGUUCAAGAGGUUUGGACACUUGAUGUGUCUGUGACACCAGCCCACUUACCCACUCACUUGGGCAUAGUGGCCCACAGUUCAGAGUACCAAGAUUGGAGCAGUGAGUUGUGGGUUUGAUCCCAGCUACCUGCUAAAGUUCUGUUCGAGGCCGGAUGGUUAAGCAGAGCAGAAUUGAGGCAGUGAGUUGCGUGUUCGAGAAGGCAACAAGUUGUUAAUUAUGUUGUGCGAUGUUAAAAAUCGGCGACAUAAUCAACCUUGACACCGCUCUUUACUUCGCCACCACUUAUGUCAUUCGUUGAUUUACUUUAGAAAAUUUUGUUUUUAUUCAGGCUUUGCUUAGAAACUCGUUUCUCGUUGACCGUUUCAGGAUUUAUUGAAUAUACCAUAUGAUUUAGCUCAUACGCAAUGCUCAUUCUAUUGUAUGUGUAAAAAGCAAUAACCUGUAGAAGAGGAAGAUGGUGAGCCGGAACUGUGUUGUGUUGGAAGUUUGAUGGUGAGCCGGAAUGUAGCUCAUAAGAAGUUUGCAGCAUUUGAUGUGUAAAUAGUGUAGUUAUACAUGCUAUUCUUACUCAUACCAUGUAAUCCAUUGAAUAAUUGAAUCUAUGGACGCUUUCCGAGCGAAAAA